AUGUUCCAUUCUACAAGAUUUGUAUUUUAUAUGAGACCUGCUGCAGUCAAUUACUGUGUAAAAACUGUUUAUGAUGGAAAUAAGUUUAUAAUAAGCAAAAAAUUAUUCGAGAAUGACCAAUGUACGCAAAAGAACAAUACAACACCAGAACCGGACACGAAAUGGGUAUCAAACUUGACUCUUUAUCACGAGCUGUUGGACAUAAACAAUGACGGUGUUGUAUCUAUUGAAGAUUUAAAAGAGCUGAUUGAACGAUUUUCAAAACUGAACAACAUGACGAAUGAACAAAGUUUUAUGUUUAGCAGAGUUAUCGAAAAUUUAUGGUACAAACAUUGGGGAUGCAUUGAUCCAUUUGAUUACAUUACGGUAGAGAAAUAUCUGAAGUACAUUCAAUACGUAAAACAAAACAACAAUGGUUUGAAAGAUGAAGUUGUUCAACUUUUGCCAUACUUGUUUAAGGUUGUUGACAAAGACCAGAAUGGUGACAUUUCAAAAGAAGAAUAUAAUACAUUUUUAAAAUGCAUUGGGACAUCAAAGAAGGCCAAUUUAAUUAAGUCAUUGGGCAUUGUAAACGACAAAGAUGAUGCAAUUAAACUGGAAGAUUUAAUGUUGGUUAUUAAAAAGCAUUUGUUUUACAAUAAAGAUAAAAUUCAAGAUCAAGAUAUAUCAAUCAACAACGGCACCAUCACCUAUAAGUACAACAAAUAAUAAUUAUAACAUUAUCUAUUAUGUACACGGUACACCUAGCUGUAAUCUGUUUAAUGAAUGUUACUACCUUAACCCCUAUUUAACAUAAUAUACUUGAUUAUUUUGGCAUUAAUAUUACCUAUGCCUACUUGUCACUUAACUUUGAAGAUUUAAUCUAGAAUAUUUGUAUUACUUAUUUAACCACCUAUCAUACUAAUUCCAUUGUAGAUGUAUAAUGCUAAAACGAAAAUAAAGUUCCAGUGGA